AUGCAUCACAACCAAGCUUAUAGUAAGUAUGUCAAUGAGAACAAUGGACCACACAAAUGGUGGCAUCACCGAUGGGCUAAGAUCAUCGGCAUAUCUUUUAUCGUUUUAAUAAUAUUUGCAGUUACUCUUUCCCUGGUGUUAAAAUUCGCUAUUCUUAUACCGAAAGAGCCAGCAACCACCACUGCAACACCAUCAUCAGCAAUGACAACAGCAUCAUUAACAACAUCAACAUCAACACUGCCGCAAACAACAACAACAACAACAAUAUCGACAUUAUCAUCAACGUCAACACUGCCGCAAACAACAACAAUAAUAUCGACAUUAACAUCAACGUCAACAACAACUACGACCACAACUCGGCAGUCAGGAUGGUCUCGUAUCGGUAGCAUGAAUAAUGUACGAGAGUUACACACAGCAUCUGUAUUAACAAAUGGAAAAGUAUUAGUUAUUGGAGGGCUUUAUGGUAUCGAUCCUACUAUUAGUGAGUUGUAUGAUCCAUCAACAAGAACUUGGGCAAUUACUGGUAGUAUACAUAAUGCACGCGAGGGACAUACAGCAUCUGUAUUAACAAAUGAGCAAGUGUUAGUUACCGGUGGGACACAUGGUGUCAAUUUAAACACUGCUGAAUUGUAUGAUUCAUCAACAGGAACUUGGAUUACUACUGGUAAUAUGAAUCAUCCACGUGAUGGGCAUGCAGCAUCCUUAUUAACAAAUGGACAAGUAUUGGUUACUGGUGGCAAUGAUGGUAUUGGAGCUCUAAAUAGUGCUGAGUUGUAUGAUCCAUCGACAGGAACGUGGACAAAUGCUGGUAGCAUGAAUUAUGCACGAGAGCACCAUACAGCAUCCUUAUUAACAAACGGAAAAGUAUUAGUUACUGGCGGAUAUAAUAAUUUUAGUGCCCUAAAUAGUGCGGAGUUGUAUGAUCCGUCAACAGGAACAUGGACAAAUACUGGUAGCAUGAAUUAUGCACGAGAGCAUCAUACAGCAUCCUUAUUAACAAACGGGAAAGUGUUAGUUACUGGUGGAAAUAAUCGUGAUGCUCUCAAUAGUACUGAAUUGUAUGAUCUAUCAACUGAAACUUGGACAACAACUGGUAACAUGAAUGAUCCACGAGAGCAACAUACAGCAUCCGUAUUAAUAAAUGGAAACGUGUUAGUUACUGGUGGACAGGGAAAUUUCCGUAGUUUUAGUAGCACUGAAUUGUAUAAUCCAUCAACAGAAAUUUGGACAACUACUGGCAACAUGAAUAGUGCGCGAUCUCGGCACACAGCAUCCAUAUUAGCAAAUGGAAAUGUGUUAGUUACUGGUGGUUUUAGCGGUGUUGAAAUGCUCAACAAUGCAGAGUUAUAUCAAACAUUUCAAAUAAAUUAA